UCACCUCACACGCGGUCAUCGGCCAGCGGCGAGCGAUCAGCGUCCCGCGUCCCGCAGAGCCUGCCAACCUGCCAGUGCGAGGCCGUGGACCUGCCACCACUCCCUCUGCGAUGCGCUGCUGCUCGUCGCUCGCUACAGCGCGCUGCAUCACGACGACGAUCGCACAAGCGCGACCUCUGCCUGCGUGAUCCCCGCCCACGGCCGCUAGGCUGCGCCCUUCACCUAUCACGUACCCGGUGCGUCCAGCUAUCUCCGUCCGAUCAUGAGCGCGCCUGCCGCCAACGCGGACAGCCGUCAUGCGUCGCCGCCAGAGGCAGGCGGUCAAGCAACAAACGACCAUCACGACCAGCCGUGGACAGCGCCCUCGACGCCCCGCGCCUCUCUCUUCUCCGCCGGACGCUCUGCGCCGCUGUCAGAGCGAUCGCCGGACCACCACACUGGCGACGCCCCCACCCCUCAUGCGCGCAUCACCUCGUCGUCCACGUCCUCGCGCCCGCUGGCCACGCUCGCCAUCGCCAACAUGAAACGCUCCCAGCGGACCAGAGCCACCGACGACCCGCCGCCCAUCGUGCAGUUCAGCACCCAGAUCCCCAGCGCCCAAAAGGCCACCGACGACCCCACCACGCCGCCGGACAGCAAGCCCACCAGAGACUCCCGCGGCCGCGAAUACACGACCCUCACAACCCUCAGCCGCCUGUUCGCUGGCAACGACACCAUGCCGUGCUCGCGCGCCCCGUCCUACACCCACGCGAGCGGGCCGCUGUACAUGCGAGCCUCGGGCGACUCGAUGCCUCUCCCCGACCACCUCUACACCCGGGGCCUACUCGAAGGCCGCCAUUCGGACAUUACCGUCAUCGCAUUUGGCCAGAGCUACAACCUGCACCGCUUGAUCCUCGACCGUGCCCCUUUCUUCACCACCGCCCUGUCGGAGCCCUGGCUCGAGAGCCAGUCGAGGCAGGUGAAGCUCUAUCCCGAGGAUAUUGAUAACAACAUCACACAGCCCGCAUUUGAGCUUGCCAUUAAGCGCCUGUAUGGCGUGGAUAUCUCGCAAGAGUGCGAUGUCGAGGCCAUCGGCCUGUUCGCGACGGGCUGCUGGCUGGAAAUGCAAGAUCUGAUUGAUGCUUCGAUCGAGUCUAUCCUGCGUCAGAUGACACCCGAGCUGCUGGGGCCUCUGAUCCGCCUGGUCACGUCUAACUACUAUGGACGCUCGGGAGAUCGUAUCUUGGAGUCUGCUAAAGCUAUGCUGAGCCGCAACGGUUGGGAGAUGCCACUCAAGUUCUGGGAUGGCAUGCCUGGCGAUAUCGUCCGGGAAAUGGUAGCAUCGGACGGCUUCUACGUUGACAGUGAAUGGGAUCGCUGGGUGCUGGCCAAGCGUCUGCUGGACCGGAGGCUACGGCAAGCUGCUCUUGGUACUGGGCUGAUACAGCGAGGCCAGAGGCCCACCCCGAAAGCCCCGGGCUGGUCCUCGCUGACUGCUGUCCGUUUCGGUGGAGCAUACCGUCAGGACGCGCUCACUAUGCAGCAGUCCGCCACUGACGCACAGAGCGGCUGGCUCGCUCUGUACACUGACCCUGACAUCGAACGUAUCUUGGUGCUGUUGGACGAGGGUAUUCACUACGUCCAUAUGGAGUAUGAGCAGUUGGAGUUUAUCCGGAAAGCACGCGACAUAUUCGGCCUGCCAGUCUUGCCAGACAAGGUCAUUUCGAAUGCUCUAUGGCAGCAGCUAGAACUCCGUCAAAAGGUACUACAUGCAGACGAUUCCUCACAAGAGCUGGGUCUAUGCAGCCAAUCGCCGGAGCCAGCUGCAGUGAACGCAGGUACAAAAACGGAAGGCUACGACUCCAAGGGCAAACAGACGGCUGUCGUGCCGACCCAGGACGACGACCAAGAACCUGGGUGGGAGUCAGGCAGCUGGGACGGAAACGGACACCCUCGAAGGUUCUGGAUACCAAGCUCGGACUGCAACAUUGUCUUAGGAAAUGGUGCGGAUCCUGUCGUCACCACUUCAAGCUCGUUCCAGCGGCAUGCAACGAGACUGUCUGCUACGUUACAGCCAGAGGAUGCGCAGUGGGCCACUGACUUUGCCUCAUCGCCAGGCACCAUGGCAAAUCCCCAUACUCGAAUGGACCAUGGCCGGCCGAUAUCUGCAGGUGGAAGUAAUGCUGGUCAGCCGAAGCCAAUCACUUAUACCGAGUUCCCUCCGUUCCGCUUCGCAGCCGAAUUCCCCAACCCUCGCUUCUUGAAGGAAAAGAAGCGGGUCUACUCACGGACUGUGUCAUACGCCGGCUCGCUAUGGAACAUAUAUAUCCAAAAGGUCAGAUCGGCUAAGAAUGUCCAGUUGGGCGUGUAUCUGCACCGCGCAAAAGAACGUGAUGUGGACGACAAUAUUCAUGCAAACGGCGUUAGCCAACAAAAUGCAGGGUCGGUCAACGAACGGAUUGGACAGGUUGAGAGAGACCUAUCACUGCGUAACGAACGACGAGAACGGCGCCGGAGUGGCCGUGCUCCACCUUCAGAUAACGUAAACGAUGAGGAUACCAGUGGCAGCGGUGGCGACCCAGAUGGGACCUUGGUAUCUACAGGAUCUCGGAAUCCUCUAUUCGCAUCUGGCUCGCUGGUUGGUCGUAGAAGCGGAACCAUCCCUCGCCUGUCAUCGACUCGAGGCCCUUCACAGUUCCAGUUCCCGGUCAUCACGUCACCGGAGAUGGAAGCAGAGGGCUCCACGAGCUCACCCUUCUUCCCUUUGACUCUUGAUGCACCUUCGGAUAACCCUUCUGACGAAACCGAUGACGAUGAAGAUGGCGUGCCGAUCUCGUACGCGAAUCCCUCGCUGUCACAGCGUAGGCCUCGCGCAGCCAUUUCGACUCUGCCGUCGUACGUGGAUGCUCGUCCAACGAUCAAGACUUACUUCAAGAUCUACAGCCCCUCGAAAGGUGGCAGGAUGUUGAGCAUCUACGAGAGCGCGCCCGACCGCUUCAAUUUCAGCCAGAGCUGGGGUUGGAAGAGCAGCACCUUGAUGCUGGACGAAGUUGCCCUCACAGGGGGCGCCGUGGAACCUACUGCCCCAGAAGAAGGUAUUCCCGGGAAGAAGGGAGAGGGCAAACUGAGAUUCAUGGUUGUUAUCGGAAACUUGUGAGGGUUUGAUUCAUGAGGAGCAAUACCCUGCAAGGUUACGAUCAUGCGUUUUUUUACACUGCACGAUACCACGAUUUGCAUUUAUGUAUUUCCUGCAUUAGCGCCUAGGUAGGAUUUCUCUUUUGGCGGUUUUGAAAGCGAUAGCUCAGGGUUGCGCUGUGCAGAUACCUACACAACUUAUGAUUUAUGCAAACUCAUUAAACGGUCAAGCGUUCGAAUUGGAAACC